GGGGGCGCGCUCGGGGGGUGGGGAAGCAAGCCAGAGGCUCAAUGACAAAUCGGCAGGGGACUGCUGGGGUCCGGCCCCGGGUGGAGGCGAAGGAGAGGGCGGGGCAGGCUUAAGAGCUGCGGGAUCAGUGCGGACGGCCGAGGCAGCGCGGGACGGGUCCCAGGAAAUUCCAAGGGUUUGGGGAGCUGCGAGACAGAAACUGGAUGAAGACUAAAUAUACAUGAGAAAUACAUUUUGGCCAUCUGAAGGAGCAACUCUUCAACUGGGUCCUCUGGUCGUGUGUUGCGACCUUAGACAACCGGCGGGAUGGCCGCAAACAAGAGUAAGAGCCAGAGCUCCCUGGCCCUUCACAAGGUGAUCAUGGUCGGCAGUGGAGGGGUUGGCAAGUCGGCCCUGACGCUUCAGUUCAUGUACGAUGAGUUUGUAGAAGACUAUGAACCUACCAAAGCUGACAGUUACAGAAAGAAAGUGGUUCUUGAUGGAGAAGAAGUCCAGAUAGAUAUUCUGGACACGGCUGGACAAGAGGACUAUGCAGCCAUUCGAGACAACUACUUUCGCAGUGGGGAAGGUUUUCUCCUCGUGUUCUCGAUCACAGAGCAUGAAUCCUUUACAGCAACUGCCGAAUUCAGGGAACAGAUCCUCCGCGUUAAGGCCGAAGAAGAUAAAAUCCCAUUGCUGGUCGUGGGAAACAAGUCCGACCUAGAGGAGCGGAGGCAGGUGCCUUUCGAGGAGGCCAGGACGAACGCAGAGGAGUGGGGUGUGCAGUACGUGGAGACGUCGGCUAAAACGCGGGCCAACGUGGACAAGGUGUUCUUUGACCUAAUGAGAGAAAUCAGAGCCAAAAAGAUGUCAGAGAACAAAGACAAGAACGGCAAGAAAAGCAGCAAGAACAAGAAAAGUUUUAAAGAAAGAUGUUGCUUACUGUGAAUGCCAAGAUGGCGGAUGAAGCAAUCACCGCUAAGGACAUAGGGUGGGCUCGUUAAGGGAAGCGUAUAGUCGACUUCUUGGUGUAUUCCCUGCUCUCCCAACCUCAUUCACGCACACUUCUUUAAAUGGGGAAAAUAUUUGUGAACCAGUGGCUGGCAGAAGAAAUAAGCCCUUGUCUAUGCAUCGGAAUGGCUACUUUGUCAGGAGGUUUUGGAGUUUCCUUCUCUCUCCCUCUCUCCCUCCCAAAAGUUUAAUCACGUGCGUAGUGCUAUAGGUAGGAAAUAGUCAAGUGUUAAUUAAAGAGAAAUACACUGUCGUAGCAUCUUCUUCCCCACCCCCCUAGUUUUAUAACGUUACCAUCUUUUAUUUUGGAAUAAAAAUGUCCUAUUUUAUUAGGUUUGGGGAGAGGUGGGUAGGAUAAGACUCUCCCCAACUCUUAUCAGCUUAACAGAAGUAUUCAAAAAAAUCCAUUAAGUUCUAAGGACACUGAAAAAUUCAGAGAUUUUUUUUGUGUGUGAUAAGUUUAUUGGCAAUACCCUGCAGAUCUGAAGCACCGUGAAAAAAUAAAAUAAAUAUGAAUCGGGCCAGAUGGGUCAGUAACAAGCUCAUAAAUCCUUCUUAGAUACAAAAAAUGAAAAUCAAAUUCUUCAUAUGUAAAAAUUAGCCAAUUACAGCCUGUGUUGGCUAUUUCUCUCCUAUAGGAUCCUGAAUUUUGUGUAGAAGCUUCUUUUUUGCAGAUUAAGUGAAGACUCCAGAGUAGUAUGCUUUAUACAUGGCAUACUUUUCUUAUCAGAGCAAAAAAUCUAUCUUUGGUUGCAUCCUUCCCUAACUGCCAGCCAAGGUGAGACCCCUCCUUCUCCACUGGUAACCGAUGUCUGUCCUUCUGGUCGACCUCUCUGCAUGCAGAGGUUGAGAAAGCCUCUUCCUUUGUUUCUUUUCAGUAUAAUGAGUUCUUCUGAAGAAUGUGAUGAGUUCAAAUUGUAUCCUCAAAUCAUGAAGCCAGCGCCAGUGUCAGACAUUCUGCUACCUCUCAUAGAAUUGCUCUGUAAUUCUAAAUUUAAAAUUAGAAGACAUGGGAAAGGAUAGGAUAAGCCAUUGCUCUUUCACCUCUGAGAAUUGGCUGCUGUUUCUAAUAUAAUUUUCUUCUGAGACAGCCAUAGAGUUGGUUCGAAAAAGGCUCUUAUUGAUGAGAUAUGGUAAGCUUUUUUGUAUAUCAAUAUUCUAAAUUUAGCAACCAGAAAAUUUUUCCUCAGGAAAGGAGUACUGUGAUGAAAACCCAGUAUUCAGCACAUUUCCCCCCAUUUUUUGGAAGUGACAUUUCACAUAUAGGUGCCAAAAGGGAACUGGGGUGGGGAGAGUGGGAACCUUUCAAAUUUAUGGUUAUUACGGAAAUUGUGGAAAUUAUGAUCUGACUGGGAAGCAAUCUUGUAUCACCUCCCAAAGAAUCAUGGGUCUUUUUUAAAUAAAAAAAGAAGACAAAUACA